AUGGACAAGUUGCAGAGGAGAAGGGAGUACCACAUUGUCGUGCUCGGUGCGGGAGGUGUGGGCAAGAGCUGUCUUACCGCACAAUUUGUACAGAACGUGUGGAUAGAAAGCUAUGACCCUACGAUAGAGGACUCGUACAGGAAACAGAUUGAGGUUGACGGGCGACAAUGCAUAUUAGAGAUAUUAGAUACUGCAGGCACAGAACAAUUCACCGCCAUGAGAGAACUCUACAUGAAAUCGGGCCAAGGCUUCCUUCUCGUCUUCAGCAUAACCUCCCUGACCUCCCUCACUGAGCUUCACGAACUCCGCGACCAAAUCGUCCGCAUCAAAGACGACCCCCUCGUCCCUCUCGUCAUUGUCGGCAACAAAUCCGACCUCGAAGAAGACCGCGCCGUCUCCCGCUCCCGCGCCUUCCAAGUUUCCCAAUCCUGGAAUGCACCAUACUACGAAACAUCAGCGCGAGCGAGGCGGAAUGUGGAUGAAUCAUUUGUGGAUCUCUGCAAGCAGAUAAUCCGUAAAGACAUGGCGACCCGACAGGUUAGGGAGAUGGAAAAGUUGGAUAGAGGGGACAGACACAGGCCGGGAAGAGGAGGCAGGAAGAGAAAGAAGAAGUUCUUGGACGGCGGGAAUUCGAGAUGUAACAUCUUAUAG